CAUUGCCGUCUCGUCCACAUGUUUUUUCCAAUUUGCACAGAGGCUGCACAAUUUCGCUAUAAUGAUACCUUAAAAUUGUAUAGGCAUACACGUCAACAAGUUUAUGAAUUUGUACAUUUCCAAAAAAUACACACUGCUGCUUCCUAUUUAUCAUAUGUGUUAGCAGAUUGUUAGCUUGAUAAGUACCAACGUGUUCUACUUCGACGACGGUGGAAAAUCACCAUCCAACAUGGCUUGCUACAUCCCAGUCAGGCAACUUUCAACAGUUGGACAGGUGGAGGUGGGCAUCGAAUACCAGCACCUGCACGAUGAGAGUGGAUACGUGGUAGAGGGUAGAGACCGCAGUGACUAUGCCACCUCCAGUGACGUCAUGCUGAAGAAGGAGCAGAAGGAUGUGGAGCUGGAUAAAAAGAUCGAGGCUCUCCGCAGGAAGAAUGAAGCCCUCAUGAAGAGGUAUCAGGAGGUAGAGGAGGACAAAAAGAGAGCAGAGGAGGAAGGAAUGGCACUGCAGAGCCCCAAGGGCAACGCAGGGGACUUGACCAUCACCAUCAACAAGUCUACCACCGAGCCUCGUGUUGUGAUGACCAAACCAGGCACGGGUGGUUCUCCCACCCCAAAGGGGGUCCAGGAGCUUGGGGAGAGGGAGGCGGAGGGGAACCUGUUGGGCUCAGGACGGGGCAGGAGGAAGCAGCUACUGGUCACCAUGGCUGGCAACACAAAGGGUAAGAGGGUGGUGAGCGAGAGGCUGGAGAGAAGACCAGGUCCAGGUCCCCCCGGUCUGCUGAAUGUGAAGAGCCUUACAGAGGAUGGCUUGCACCAGCACCUUGUGGAAUCAGCAGGCAGAGGAAAACACCAGCACACUAACACAGCAAAGAAGGACACGGGACCACAGGAUGAAGGGGGGCAGGGAAAGGGUGUGACAGAGGAGCGUCACUGGCUGUCAGAGUGUGAGCCUUACUACCAGAAGUCUGAGGGGCCAGGCCUGGCAGGUGACACAGACCUCACCAUUCCCACGUCCAAAGAGGAGCAGCAGGAGUACCUGCGCUGGAAGAAGGAGCGUGAGCAGAUCGACCGGGAGCGUGUGGCCCGCCACAGAAAUGCCAAUGGCCAGUGGAGGCGGGCAUGGGACAUGGACAAAACAGAGAAUAUGUUUUCAGAUAAAUCUCCCGAGGAGAGAGUACAGGGGCCUCCAGAUAGAGGAGGAAGAAAUGCAAGAAGAGGUUACCCCAAAUCAAAUCAUGAGUCACGGGUUCAGAAACCACGGGGCAGAGACAAGGGGGUUAAAAAAGUGCCUGUGGUCAGCAGUAAAGCCAAGGGCAAGGAUCGGCUGACUGGCAGGGCCAGGAGAUGGGAUGCCAGCGAGGAUGGGGAUGAUUUGCAGGCCUCCGAGACAAGUUUGGAGGAAUUCUUAGAAGAGCUUGAUGCUUUGGGUGGACCUGACGUAGACGACUCCACUGCAGAAACUCCAGAGGUCAAAGAUGUUUACCUCAAAAUUGAGUCUUUCCUGACCCCGGAUGUGGUGAAGACUGAGGAGGUGAGUGGACCCGUCAAUCCUGCCCUGGACCAAGCCGACUGGCUCCACGCCCCAGCCGACCCCUCAGAGGAGGGUACACCCAGACAGGAGAAGGCUAAGGAAUCGUCCCCUCGAGCUGCAGAGAAGAAGGUCCGCUUCUCGGUGGAGCUCAAUGGGCCCGGGGCCUACGAGCAGACACCGGGGCAGGAGGGCUCUGAGCUUUCCGAUUCCUCCAAAACAGAGUGUGCUGAAAGCGGCCAUGACAGUGUGCUCACCCCUGUUUUUCCCACUUCACACAGCAAUGUCGAAGAUGCUGCCCCUCCACAGGAGAAUGCUGUCCAGCCUUUAGAACACGCUAAGAGCAAUAGCAACAGAAAUACAGAGGAACUGAUUGACUCUAGUCUGUCUGUUCUGAGGCUGGAGUCAGGAGAGACUCACCCAACCCACACCACCAGCACUGACAAGGCAAGAGAAAAUGGGAAGAUUGUUUGAAGGACUUUCAACAUUUAUAUGAAUUGGUCAAUAUGUAAAACCAAAACAUGCUUAAGUAGAGAAUUUACCAUAAGCCUUUUAGUUUAAAGUGGAAAUCACAGCACUUUAACAACUUUGCAGAUAUGAAACAGACAAUCAUAAUAUCAGUCAAAAAUAUCACAUUUCCAGUUCAUGCUACAAAACCAACUUUGAAAGAGGUUUUAAAAAUAGGUUCUAUUUGUCAAAAACAUUUCAUGAUGUAGAGUAAGUCAUUGUUGCAGAAUAGAUGGAUGCAGUUCAAUGCAUGAUUCAUAUAAUUCACCAAUACAUUUCAUGGUAGUCCAAAAAUGUUGCUAUCAGCUUGUAAAUCACAGCUGGCCUGGUACAUUGUUUGCUGCCUCCAUUCGUGACGCACUGUUUCAGUUUCAAUAACAUAUAUAGUUUAGGCUCGGAAUGUCAAUACAAUAGUGAUGGACAUUCAGAGUAUUUUCUGUGAGUUGGCUAAUUUGGCUCCGCUCACUUAAAAUAGCUGGUUUAUUUGGCUCUGAAACAGCUCUUUGUUCCAACUGCUUAAAAAUGGACUUUGAACCAUGAUUUUUUAGAACCACCUAGAAUCAAUCUCCAAUGUCAAGCCCAAAAAGUAGGCUACCAUUAUAUCAGAUCGGGAAAUUCGGAUUCAAAUAUAUUUUUACCUGGCCAAAUUUAUUAGAUUAUUAUUGGUUUAAGCACUGCAAAAAUUAGUGUGGGCCUGAAUGUAUGCAUAGUUUUGGUAUAGUAGCAGUAUGCAAAUCAGGAAGCCAAAUGAACGUCUCAUUGCAAUUCGGUUCCCGACGUUCACCAAAAAGUUAACGACCCAUCACUACAAUCAAACUAGCAAGGGCAAUGAUCACAAGUCAGCCAUAACGUGGCUAAUAGGCUAGCGUAUCUAUUUAUGUAGCUAUUUAUUUAGCAAGCUAAAAACACAGCCAAAUGAGCUAGCUGCUGGGAGGAUGUCAUGUCAUUGGAUGAGUUUCCCCUCAUAUCGUUUUUCGGUGGCAACAGCUAGAGAUGAAUUUGGUUAGUUAGCAAGAGACGUGAAUCGCUUGGCUAGCUAGCUGAACUUGAACGACCGUUACACACAGUUAGCAUGCAGAUCUCUUUAGUUGUCAAUCAAAUGCAUUUGGCAUCAAUCAAAUGGGCGGGCAGGCAGUUCCCAUUCAGUUGGGAAAACGUAGGUUGGGACAAGCAUGCAUUGGCAGGCAAGCUGCAGAAAGGUUAGCAGGCUACUUAUUCUCCGUCGUUUCAGUGCAAUUUUGAGGGCAAACUACAAGCUGAAAAAGUUUGAGAGGGUUUAUCUAUUCUUUGAAAUCAUCUAGCUCUGGCUAACAUUCGUUGUUGAUCUUAGGGAGGGAUAAUCUACCUGUUCUUGGUUGUUUGAUCAAUAGGACUGUAAAGUUCCCAAAUGUAAGAGGACAACCGUGGUGUUUGCAUAUUUGCAGAAAUCAAUUUUCAGGUGUAUUUUUUUGGCUAAUGAUUUAAAGUCACGCUGUUGCUACUGCCUGUAAACACAGUCCAGUUCAAAGUGAAAGAUGGCAGGCCCAUGUGGAAAAUGGCUUAUUUGCAUAUAGGCCUACUGUGUAGAGUCCGGUCUGUGUAGAAUCCUGUUUAGGACAGGACUGACACGUUUUUUAAUUAGGUUUCAUUUACUGCGGUGUCUAUUGUACAAGCGCAGGGCCGCUUUCCCCACUAUAUAUUGCUAUAGAAUUUUCACAAAUGACUUGCUCUACAUAAUUUCCAAACAUUCUGUGAAAGUAGCAAAAUAACCAUAUUUUAGUCAGAAAAUGCUGUCAGUUCCACUUUAAUAGCACAUUUGCUUCCAAUAGCUCUUUGAAGGUGUCCUGUGCCUAGUUGGUCAAGGUGAGACUAGCAUCCACAAUGUUCUUUCAUUUGAAAUUAUGCUAGUUGCUCACAGUGGGAAAAGGAAACGAUAAAUGUUCAAAGUAAGUCAUUUUGAGAAUUUUGUCUGCUUGAAAAUACUUCCAAGCACUUUACUCUUUGAGGUAUGAGUAUUGACACGUCAUACAUUAGGUAAGUGUGCUAUUUGAAUGGCAAACUUAUGUUGAAUGACUGUCUUUGUUUACAUUUGAAGUGUUAUUUCAAGGUACCAGUCCUAAUGCUUGUAUUAGUUCAGUUCCUAUGGAUGACUAACCUACAUGACCUGAACAGGCCCUGCGUUUAAACUUCACUGCCGCAAGUGAUUGUCAAUCAAAUUACCUGGUGUUGUUGUGUCACUCUUUGCCUUAGCAGUAGGCCUAAUUUGAAUGAUGAAAUAUAAUUAGCAUUAUAUGCUUAUAGUUAUACUGUACACUGGCUGUAUUUAUAGUGCUGUGAAAAAGUUUUUGUCCCCUUGUACUCAGUAACUGGUUGUGCCACCUUUAGUUGCAAUGAGCUGCACAUAUUUUUGUGUCUGAAUGUUAUCAGAUCUUCAACCAAAACCUAAUAUUAAAGGGAACCUGCGUUUACAAAUAACAAAAAAAUAUGCAGUAUAUACUUAUCUUAUUUAUUUAAUUAAC